AUGGCCACCACCGUCGCGGCAACAAAGCUCACCUCCUUGAAAGCCACCACCGUCGGGAAGCUCGGUUACCGUGAGAUCAGUCAGGUCCGGCAAUGGGCUCCGCUUCAGUCUGCGAUGCCUCAUUUCGGUGUCCUGCGAUGUGGAUCACCACAGCCAUUUGCAACCUCCACUGUUGUGAAAGCUCAAGCCACUGCUGUUGAGCAAACAACGGAAGAAGCUGUUCCGAAAGUGGAAUCUCCAGUUGUUGUUGUGACUGGUGCCUCUAGAGGGAUUGGUAAAGCUAUUGCUCUUUCCUUGGGCAAAGCUGGCUGUAAGGUGUUGGUGAAUUAUGCUAGGUCAGCAAAGGAGGCUGAAGAAGUUUCUAAGCAGAUUGAAGAAUAUGGUGGCCAAGCUAUUACUUUUGGAGGCGAUGUCUCGAAAGAGGCUGAUGUGGAAGCCAUGAUGAAAACCGCUGUUGAUAAAUGGGGAACCAUUGACGUCGUAGUUAACAAUGCAGGAAUUACCAGGGAUACCUUGUUGAUAAGAAUGAAGAAAUCCCAAUGGGAUGAAGUGAUGGAGUUGAAUCUCACUGGAGUGUUUCUCUGUACCCAGGUUAUUUUGCAUAUGAUCUUGCAGGGAAGGAUCAUCAACAUAGCGUCAGUUGUUGGUCUCAUUGGUAAUAUUGGGCAAGCCAACUAUGCUGCUGCUAAAGCUGGAGUUAUUGGGUUUUCCAAGACUGCAGCCAGAGAGGGUGCAAGCAGGAAUAUAAAUGUCAAUGUGGUUUGCCCUGGAUUCAUUGCAUCUGACAUGACUGCCAAGCUUGGAGAAGACAUGGAAAAGAAAAUCUUGGGAACAAUCCCAUUAGGACGAUAUGGACAACCGGAAGAUGUAGCUGGCUUGGUAGAAUUCUUGGCUCUCAGUCCUGCGGCGAGUUACAUAACUGGACAGACUUUCACCAUCGAUGGAGGUAUUGCAAUCUAGGCCUUAGGCAAAACGGUUUGGUAAAACAAACAAAGUUGGAGUUGUUGUUGGCACUUGGUCGAAUUUCUGUUUUGUGGAUUCUUUUUUGUUGAUUCUUUUUUGGAGAUAAAAGAUUUAAAACACAUUGCUUAAACAAGGUUAUUAUAUGUUUUUCAUAAUUUGUAAUAGCAUAAUUAUCCAGACAAAGUUAUU